AUGUUACAACAUCGACGACGAAUAAAUAAUCAUUCACAAGUUUUUUCUGAUGAAAAACUUAAAGAUCUUUGUUCAUCAAAUUCAUCAUCAUUUAAAUUAAUGAAGAUUAUUCGUGAUGGAUAUGAAACAAUUAAAGAAUUAUGUGAUAUGGAAGAUAAACAAGAUGUUGAAUAUAAACGUAAAAUAAUGUUCUAUGAGGGAACAUUACAUGCUCGUGGUAUGAUGGAAGAAUUUAUUGGAUAUUUACAAGAAAUGAUGGCAAUAGGUCUUAAUUCAUCAAAAACAAAUUCUGUUAUUAGUCGUAUUGUUAACCUCUUGGAUACCGCUGUCUUCAGAAAUAAUUUAAAUGAUUAUCAAAUAUGUUUAUUAAAACGUAUUGGAAUACAUUUUCUCCAAGUUGAUGAAAACAAAAUUAAAGUUGAAAAAUAUUAA